AUGGGAGGCUUCAGAAGUCGCGCGCAAGCCGGCGGCAGAUUAAGCCAGCUCUUAGACAGAAACCCCUGCAACCUAAUGACAGAAGAUGAAGUUAUGCAGUCCAUUACAAAAAUCGAUCAAUCUGCCACCAAUCCAGCUACGACUACCUUCGGCCCUUUCUCGGUUUUUGGGCUCAACCCUUCUUCUUAUUCGGAUUCAGCAACCUCGGACACUCACGCUGGGGCCAACGAAGCUGGAGAGCGCUCGCCAUUUCAAGAGACGCACUACAACUGCGAUGAAUUAGGCUCUCAGCAUCAAAGCAAUAGUAUAGAUUAUGUAGGAGGAAGUCAAUCAACCAUCUCAGACGAUGCUUUCGAACUGCCGAACACGCCGUUUAGCCCAGGUUAUGAAGCAUUUUCCGAUUCGCCAGACUCAUCAACAGGCCCAACAGGCGAUCCUAUAAGUUACCCCGACGAACGAGAUCCGAUGGGAAUAUCGACCCAAGCCCUUACUGAGUCGUCCGAUAAGAUGCCUUUCUGUGAUGAUGGUGUCGACGAUGAAGGGAGAAGGGUUAUUGAACUUUUGAGUAUAAUUUCUUCUCAACCUCAGACAAUCGCUCUGAUACCGCCAGAAUUGGAUGACACAGCGCUGCAAACACCCGGCCAAGCAAACCAACUAACCCAUUGGUCAAACGCGCCUUUGAAUGGCACCGAAUCAUGGCUUCGAAACAGGAAAUUAAUGAAACUCGAUUACGGUCUUUCCACACCCCUAGGUGGGAACCCGACAGCUGCUAUGCUGAUACAUCAUUACACGAAACAUAUGGUACACCUAAUGCAGCCGGUUUUUCACCAAGGAAAUCCCUUUAGAACCAUAUACCUCCCGCUUGCAAUUGAGGGGUCUCCCGAUCUAGAAGUAGCAAGGGGCUCAGAUCGCGUUUAUUCGCCAGGUGUUACGGUUUUUCACAGUCUUAUGUCCACGGCUGCAACGCACUUGCUUAGCCUACGAUCUGGAGAAGAGGGCCUUCAGCAACUUGCUUGUCAUCAUAAACAACGUGCGCUCAUUGCACUUCGAAGUGCCCUAGCAACACAAUCAAGUAAUUACAAGGACCUGAUGACAGCCAUUCUGUCUCUGGUGUCCGCAGAUAUUAUCGAUGGCGGUACUCAUGACCAUUGGAUUCACUUAGAGGCAGCGAUUCGACUUCAAGCCUCCCGGCACUAUGGAAGUUUAGUUAGUCGGGAAACUCGUCAACUCAAUAUUAUAUGCAGAAUGCUGCAUCUAUUUGCUCAGACAGCGCUGCCACAACCAGAACCUAAGCCGUGGCCUGGAGUUGACCACGUUCCAACUGGUGCCGACUUUGACUACUCAGAGCCUAGUAUUGAGUUCAUCUACGGAAUUACCACAUCUAUCGCUGGGGCCAUUCUCAAGAUUUUCCGACUUAUACAAUAUAUCGCCUACUACAAAGAUCAAGUAUACCCCCAAACUCUCAUGCAGGCUUGUGAGACACUAGGGGACGAUCUAUCCUCUUGGACAAUAUAUUCCGAACCGUUCUCUGCAAUUGACCCAGCGCAAGAACAUAUGUUAAAAAUAGCACGUGCCCAGGCAAGGGCAUUUCACUCCGCAGCUCUAAUAUAUUACUAUCGUUCGAUACAAAAGUGUGCCAGGGAAUGCCUUCAUCUAGAGCAACAAACGGCCAUUGCUGCUAUGAACGAGGCGGAAGAUCUUAAAGACUCCUUCUGCAGGGACAGGAGCUCCUUGCCAGCACCAAUCACGUGGCCAGCAUUUAUUGCCUCCUGCGAGGCUGUCGACGAAGAUCGUAGUCAGUGGGACAAGUGGUGGAGUCGAGUGCAGAAAUAUCAAAUGGGAAAUUACUCCAGACAGCAAAGUAUUAUUCAUAGCGUUUGGGCGCAGUUGGACAACAGCGAGACUUCGAUGGACUGGAGAGAGGCUCUUACGGCAAUGAAUUUGAGAAUCAUACCGGUUUGA